AUGUCCGCGUGGUCUUCUGCCGCGUCGGGCAAGGGCUCGGCGCUCUCGUACGCUGAGCGAUUACGGCGUGCGAAGGAGGACAGCUCGCGCAGCAGCGCAGACUCUUCGGCUGCGGCACGCAGCUCGACAAGCAGCAGCACUCCGACGCUCACGCAGCUGAGUCCGCCACCAGCGGCGCCUGCGCCGCCCAAGCCUGCUUCGAGUAGCAGUGGCGCAUGGAGGGUCGUCACAGCGCACAAGAGCGCCAACGGGCGCGCCGAUGCGCCGAACAGCACGAGCUCGAGCUCGACACCAUCAGCGCACCCCGCGGCAGCGUCAUCUACGAUCGCAGCCGCGUCGGCUCCAGCGGCUAGUGCCAGCGCCUCGCAAGGCAAGACUGCUGCGCAGUCGCCCACUGCCGCCAGCGCGGCCCUGCGCUCAGACGCCCUUGCGCAGCGGCCGCAGCCCGUAGCUGCUGCGUCAGGCGUGAAUGUCUGGGAACAGAGAAGGAAGCAGCUGGCGGACAAGUCGGCAGAGUCCCGGCAGGAGACCUCCACUGCCGCUGCCGCUGGCAGUAAGGCGCCGGUCGAGCAGAAGAAGCCGGUGAGCACGACUGCGCCACCAGCGACGAGUACAGGGAACGCGAGCACUUCUGCUUCGUCCAGUGCCCCGGCGAGUGCCAAGGCCGCUGCGGUGGCUCAGCCCCCGGCUUCGACUCGCAGUAAUGGCAGCGCCCCCAGUGGCGCGUCGCGGCCUGGCGCUGCCGAGUCGAGAAGCUCAUCAGUCGGCGAGGAGGACAGUUCGAAGGAGCGGCGCGCAGCAGCGCCUGCGACCUCCGCUUCUGCUCCUGCGCAAGCCGGACCGAGUGCGCAAAAGCCUGCUGAACGACGGAGCAGUACCGGCGCUAGUCUGCAAGGCGACUCGCCAAUAACGCGCUCAAUAGCUGAGAGCACGCUUCCGUUCGUGCCGCGGUCGCCACUCUCGCUCGCCAGAGCUCCGACAGGGCCGGCGUACGACAACGCGUGGCUCGACCGCAUUCACCUGCUCAAUGGCGGGCAGAACAUGCCGACGUUCGUGCCGGCGCUGCAGGAAAGCUCAGCGGAGAUGGGCAUCGGAGCUGGCCUGCAGCCCGCGCCGGUCGUGUCGAUGCCGCCAUCGCUGCCCUCGACUGCCGAAGAACCAUCAGCCACCGGAACGCCGACCAGCGCUGAGGCGCACAGCGUUUGGCGGAAGGCAAACACGAGCGUGAACGGCGCCGCUGGCGAUGAUCAUCAGGACGAGGUAGCACUCUCCGCCUCUGGUGUCUCGUCAAGCGUCGAAGCCGCCGAGACUGCGGCAGCCUCGGUCCCAUCUUCAGCUGCGCCGGCUUCGUCGACUGUCGCAGAGAGCUCCGCCCGCAGGCGCGCAGACAGCACAUCAUCGGGCGGCGCGGUCAAACCUGCCGCGCCUGCUGCCACGUCCAAGAGCAAGGCUCGGCGUGCGCAGGCCGCAGCAAGCGUGCUCGCAGACAGCGAGUCAUGGCCGAGUCCUCUUGACGCCACUGUCAAGACUGCUGCUCGAAGCAAGCCGCGGGCGGAGUCUGUCAGCACCGGCGAGAAUAGUAGCAGCGAGCGGCCAGCGGCGACAGAGAAGGGCCUCGAGGGCCUCGACGUGCAGGUCGCCAAGGGUGCGGGUGACAAGGGCAAGAAGGGCAAGCAGUGGAUCUCCAUCGUGCCCACCAUCACGCACGCGAGUCCCUUGCCUGCGAGCGGGCGCAAGACGUCUGGGAAGGACGCAGCGAGCAAGGACGCCUCGUCGGCAACAUCGCCGCACCCGAAGAAGGCCGCCAAGACUCGAGCGGACAAGGGCGCAGCGGGCGGCGAGAAGCGGCCCGAGGCCGACAAGCAGGAUGCGAAGUCAGGCACCAAGGAGAGCAGCAAGGCCUCUCGUCAAGACGCGAGCGCUCCCAGCGCCGCAGCGGACAGCGUUUUAGCGUCGGGACAAGGCCAGGCACGCGAGGCGGAGGCGUCACUGUCCGCGCCUGGCGCACCACCUGCCGAGGCAGCCGACUCGAGCGGCGCGCCCGAUGCAGUGAGCGCCUCGCCGGCACUCAACGGCGAAACAGACGCGUCGGCACCUGUGGCGCUGCCUUUCUCCUCGCCGCUGAUGCCGAUGGCGCUGUCGGAGCUGCCUGCCAUGUUCCCGCCAAUGCGUUGGACGUCGGGCAGCCCGGGACCGCCGUCGCCAUUCCCGUUCGUGCCUCCACCGCCACAGCGACUCAACAAGGACGGCUCGUUCUCGCCUACGCGUGCGACCGACUUCCUCGUGCCGAACGGCGAUCCUUCCUGGCACGCCUCGCACAGCCCGGUGCGGCACAGUGCGCGUGGACGCGGGAGCCGUGGCCGCGGCCGCGGAGGUCGCCACGCCGGCGGAGACGUCUUCUCGGGCUCACGCAACGACGGCGCGUACAUGCCCGGCCCCGGCGCCGAUGGCGCGGAUCUGGACAGCCAGGGUGCCCCGUCAAGUCGUGGCAGCCCAGGCUCGGGCUCCUACGCGACGGGCGCGCAGCUUCCGUUCUGGCUGCACGGCGGCCAGCCGCAUGCUCUGCCGGUCUUUCAGCCGCAGGGCAUGGCGCCUGCUUCGCUCGCGCACGGCGAGUGGCAGCAGCCACCGCCGACUCGCGCUCCCGCAUUCGUCAAUUCGCCGGCCGGGUCUCCGCGCGUGCCAGGAAUCGACGCACCGACGCACCAGCUGCUCAAGCAGAUCGAGUUCUACUUCAGCGAGCGCAACCUGCAGGGCGACUUCUUUCUGCGGCAGUGCAUGGACGCGCACGGCUGGGUCUCGAUCAGCACGGUCGCCGGCUUCAACCGCGUACAGCGCCUCACGUCAGACCUGGCGCUCGUGCGCGAUACACUCCUGUACUCGAGCGUCCUCGAGGUCGACGCGAGCAACAUGCGUGUGCGCAAGGCGCAGAACUGGGAGUCGUACGUGCUUGGCGCCAACGGCGUGCCGAACGACGUCGAUCAGUCGUCUCGGCCGUCUUCUGCGCAGGCCGGCAUCUCCGAGCAGCACUACAGCUCGCUUGCGCAGGACGACGCCAGCCGCCGACAUGCCGGUCUCGCGCAGCUGCGUCGCCAGGACAGUGCCGCGACCGAGGGCAGCGGUGUCAAUGGCUACACGGGCGAGUCGAGCAACGCAGACGGCCGCUCAACGACGACCGUCUUGACGGAGGCGAGCCGCUCGAAGUCCUCAACAGCCUUCUCCAGCCCGCCAAGCUCCGCCGCACACCAAGACUCGAGCAUGGAAGACGGCUGCAGCGACUCGGACAAGGAGGAUCAGGAGACCCUCGGCGUCGUCGCUGCGGAAGGCCUCGGCGGCACGCUCUUUCCGCCAGUGUCGAAUGGCGCAUAG